AUGGAGGAGCAAUCACAAGAACAGAGGAAGGUGGAGAAGCCUUACACACCUCCUUUGCCAUAUCCUCAAAGAUUUCAAAAGGAGAUCAAGGACCAACAGUUCCCCAAAUUCCUAGAAGUUUUCAAGAAGCUGGAAAUCAAUAUUCCACUUGCUGAAGCAUUGGAGCAAAUGCCCUUGCUAUUUAUAGAAGAAGUGAAGCCUACACAGAUGUCAUUGGAGCUAGUGAAUAGAUCACUGGUAAUUCCCAAGGGUGUGAUUGAAAAUCUCUUGGUCAGAGUAGGGGAAUUCAUAUUUCCAGCAGAUUUUGUAAUCCUAGACCUAGGUGAAGAGGGAAGUGAUUCUAUUAUACUGGGAAGAUCUUUCUUAGCCACAGCAAGGGCCAUCAUUGAUGUGGAACAAGGAGAAAUGACCUUCAGGGUACAUGAUGAGAAGAUCACUCUAAAUGUCUUUUAA